CCAAUUCACAUUAAUUCUAUCUUCCCUUUUGUCUAAAGUCCAAUUUGCAAUCAUACACAUGGAAAACCAAAAAAGAUGUGCGCAUUAAAUUAGCACCUCAUCAAAACCAUAUCGCAAAAUUAAUCUACUCUUCCCUAACUUUAAUACACAUCUCUAUAAAAAUGAGUCUCAUCUCAGUGUUUCCCUCUUGCUAAAUCUAUCACUCCAAAAAGCUUCUGAUAUCUCUUUCUUAUUUUCUCAGCUUGAGAUCUUAACAUCUCCACCACUUAAACCAACUCCACCAAAACCAGCUGCACCACCUGCAGUGAUGACGGCCAAGGACUGUGGCCACCACGACGGUAAGAAACAGCUUGUCAAGCGCAUAGUGAUAGCCAUUGUUGGGUUUUUGAUCGUCUUUGCCAUAGUGGUUUUCCUUGCAUGGGCGAUUCUCCACCCUGCCAAGCCCCGGUUCAUCCUCCAGGAUGUGACUAUUUACACUUUCAACCUCACAGCUCCAAACUUUCUUACUUCAGACAUGCAAAUCACUUUAUCUUCCAGGAAUCCCAACGACAGGAUCGGCAUUUACUACCAGAAACUCGAUAUGUACUCAUCUUAUCGUAACCAGCAGAUAACUUUACCGACACUACUGCCAAGAACCUACCAGGGUCACCAGGACGUCACUAUUUGGUCCCCAUUUUUGUACGGAAAUGCUGUGCCUGUGGCUCCAUUUCUUGAGGCAGGGUUGAGCCAGGACAUGAAUGCGGGGUUGGUGUUGCUCAACAUCAAGGUUUUCGGGCAAUUGAAAUGGAAGGUUGGGACUUGGAUUUCAGGUCGGUAUCAAAUUAACGCGAAUUGUCCAGCUUAUAUUUCCUUUACGGAUCGAACUAAGGCCAUCCAAGUUGGUUCGGCUAUGAAGUAUCAGCUUGUGCAAAUUUGCAGCGUGGACGUUUCUCUUAACUAGUUUUUUUUUCUGUCUCAUCCGAAAAAACAUAGUUUUAUUCUAGUUUUUUUCCCUUAUUGUCGGUUAUAUGACUUCUUUUCAUGUAAUAUGUGACUACUUUUACAUUUUUAUAUAUAUUCAGUCUUUUUACUUCUUCUGUCAA